AGUGUUAUUUUUUUUUUCCUAAUUCUUUUCAGAGUGUCCAACAAAGAGAAUGGAAGAGGCGGACCUACUCAAUCAAACCACUUCCAUGAAAUACAUUUGGCUUAGAGGCUUAUCUGCCAAUCAGAAGGUGCAGAUGACUGUGUUUGCCCUGUUCCUUACUUCCUAUGUCCUGACACCGAUUGGGAACAUCCUCAUUGUCAUAACUAUUAUCUAUGACCGCCGGCUCCAUACCUCUAUGUAUUUCUUCCUCAGUACCCUAUCUUUUAUUGAUGUCUGCCACUCCACGGUCACCGUCCCCAAGAUGCUCAGAGAUACGUGGUCAGAAGAGAAGCUCAUCUCCUUUGAUGCCUGUGUCACCCAGAUGUUCUUCCUGCACCUCUUUGCCUGCACCGAGAUCUUUCUCCUCACUGUCAUGGCCUACAAUCGGUACGUGGCCGUUUGCAAACCCCUGCGGUACAUGACAGUGAUGAACUGGAAAGUAUGUGUGCUGCUGGCUGUGGCCCUCUGGACGGGGGGCACCAUCCACUCCAUAUCGCUGACCUCCCUCACCAUCAAGCUGCCUCACUGUGGUCCUGAUGAGAUUGACAGCUUCUUCCGGGAUGUGCCUCAGGUGAUCAAACUGGCCUGCACGGUCACCCACAUCAUUGAAAUCCUCAUCGUCACCAACAGCGGUCUGAUCUUCGUGGUCUGUUUUGUGGUCCUCGUGGUGUCCCACGCGGUCAUCCUGGUGAGCCUGAGGCAGCAGAUCUCCGAAGGCAGGCGGAAGGCCUUAUCCACCUGUGCAGCACACCUCACCAUCGUCACACUCUUCCUGGGACACUGCAUCUUCAUCUAUUCCCAUCCAUACACCAGCCUCCUGGAGGACAAGGUGGUGUCUGUGUUCUUCACCACAGUGACCCCUCUGCGGAACCCCAUCAUCUAUACUCUCAGGAAUGAAGACACGAAAAAUGCCUUGAACAAGUUCAUGGAGAGGUUGGAGGGGAGAGCAAAAAAAUGACAA